AUGGAGCAUUGCACUGACAUAGUUGUCGGUACUGACCAGAAAGCAGCUGUAGUUUGGAGGAAGGUUAAACAAAGCUACGACGCGGCUCGGAAAUCAAGACCAAUGGAACUUACAAAAGCUUGGAAUGUGAGAAUGAUCGAGAGUAGGUGGAGAAGGUUGGGAAGGGAUGUCAUGGCGUUUCUCGCUCACUAUGAGGAAGCAAAGCGAAUGGACAAGAGUGGUAUGCAAGUAGAUGAUCUUAAACAAUUGGCUCACACUCUGUACUGUAACAGCAACAAAAGCAAUUUCAGGUAUGAAACAUCAUGGAAAAUGUUGUCGAAGUACAAAAAAUGGGAAGAAAGGGUGCAGUGGGGUAUGUCCAAGGAAGAUAGGAUCCGCCUUAAUCAAAUUUCCGAACCAGAUAGCUCUGGUAGUGAGAAGAGAGUUCGAGCCGAGGAUGAAGAUGUAACCGUCGUAGCCGGUGGUUCUUACAUGUCUGGAAGAACCCCUCGCCCGGACGGUGUAAAAAAAACGAAAGCCAACUUGCGAAAAGGAAAAGAGAAAGAGGUGGCCGACGAAGUUGCAAUGGCCGUCAGCGAAAGCCUCAUGAUCAACUCAAGAGUUCGAGACAACAAUAUGGACUACAAAAAAAAUAAAUUGGAAUUUGAUCGGCUUAAGGAAGACCGGAGGGAGAAACAACUGGAGUUGGAGCAAAGGAAUUUUGUGCACCGACAAGAAAAUAUUCGAAUGGAUCUGAUGAAGUCUAAAUUUGAUACGUUGACUGCAUUGUGCAAUAAGGCAGAGCUAACUCCACAUGAAGAGAAGUUCAAAGACCAUUUGAUGAUGGAGUUGUAUGGUUCAACUCCUUAA